CGUGGGUUGGUUAGACUUAUAUGCUGCUGUUGGUCGACUCUCAUUCUCUGAUGCCGGUGGCGGCACUCGCCUGACGCGCUCCUCCUCUGACCGACUUCUCGAGGUAGCGGGCGACUGGGCUGCUCUGCUGCGCUAACUCGUCAUCGUCGUCAUCUAUGGCGGAGGGUUCUCCGGUGCCGCAGCUCCGCAUCCUUCUGAAUCAGCCGCCGAAGGAGCGAGCCCCUGUUCUCGUAUCGAGCCACGCGGACCGAGACAGGGUCCUGGAAGUAUUUAAAAGUGCUAUAUUGCAUGAAGGCUCACCAGAAAGUUUUGCUCUUCAGACGGUACAAGAAGCCAUAAAGCCUCAGAGACAAACAAUUUUGAUCCAAGAAGAAAAUCAAUUGUUGGAAAAUGCUCUGCGAAUAUUGCUUCAAGACCUCGUUUUGUCUGCAGUUGAAGCAGGAGAAAGGGUUAUGCUUCAUGGGCAGUCCAUUGAUGAUGGAGAAAGCAUCCCUGGUCUAGUACCAAGACUUCUUGAUAUUGUGUUACAUCUUUGUGAAAAGGGUCAUGUAGAGGGUGGUAUGAUAUUCCAGCUUUUGGAGGAUCUGACUGAGAUGUCUACCAUGAGGGAUUGCAAGGAAAUUUUUGGUUACAUUGAAAGAAAGCAAGAUGUUCUUGGGAAGCAAGAACUUUUUGGUCGGGGGAAGCUUGUGAUGUUGAGGACAUGCAAUCAACUUCUUCGUCGACUUUCAAAGGCAAAUGAUGUCGUUUUUUGUGGUCGCAUCCUCAUGUUUCUGGCUCAUUUUUUCCCUUUAUCAGAGCGCUCAGCUGUUAACAUAAAGGGAGUCUUCAAUACGUCAAAUGAAACAAAGUAUGAAAAAGAUCCUCCAGCUGGUGUACAAGUUGACUUCAACUUUUACAAAACCUUUUGGAGUCUACAGGAGCAUUUCUAUAGCCGUGCUUCCUCCACUCUAGCCCCUUCCAAGUGGCAGAGCUUUGCGUCAAGCUUAGGGGUAGUCUUGGAUACAUUUGAUGCUCAACCAUUAAAUGAGGAUGAAGGAAAUGCAAACAAUCUUGAUGAAGAAGAGGCAGUAUCUUUAAGCAUAAAAUAUCUGACCAGCAGCAAAUUAAUGGGAUUGGAGUUGAAAGAUCCAAGUUUUCGCCGUCAUGUCCUUGUUCAGUGUCUUAUUUUGUUUGAUUACUUUAAGGCACCUGGGAAAAGUGAGAAAGAAGGGCCAUCAGAAAACAUGAAGGAGGAGAUCAUAUCAUAUGAAGAACGUGUAAAGAAGCUUUUGGAAAAAACCCCACCAAAAGGGAAUGAGUUCCUGCAUAGCAUUGAACAUAUACUUGAGCGAGAAAAAAACUGGGUUUGGUGGAAGCGUGAUGGGUGCCCACCAUAUGAGAGGCAAGCUGCAGAGAGAACUACAGGCCAUGAGGCAACAAAAAAGCGUAAACCCCGAUGGAGACUUGGAAACAAGGAGCUUUCCCAGUUGUGGAAAUGGGCAGAUCAGAACCCUAAUGUUUUAACUGAUGCUCAGCGUGUUCAGAUGCCCUCUGUGACAGAGUACUGGAAACCCCUGGCCGAAGAUAUGGACGUUUCUGCUGGAAUAGAAGCUGAAUAUCACCAUAAGAACAAUCGGGUCUACUGCUGGAAAGGUCUCAGGUUUUCUGCACGUCAAGAUCUAGAAGGAUUUUCGAGGUUCACAGAUCAUGGCAUCGAGGGUGUAGUUCCACCAGAAUUGCUGCCUCCCGAGAUGCGUUCCAAAUUUCAUACCAAGUCUGGUGAGAGGUCUAAACGAGCCAAAAGAGAGGAGGAAGCAAAAGGUACUACGAAUCAUGCUGAAGACAACCAGAAUGCCAACACUACUGCCGAACUUGAUGGUGGUGGAAGUGGCGCGGAGCUUGAAGACCCUGCAGCGGCCAUGGAUGCUGAUGCUGCCACUGCCGCAACACCAAGUGGGGCCCCAACACCUGAUGACAGUCAGAGGCAAGGCUCUGACUUGGAAGUGGCUCAGGAGGCAGAGGCUGAAGGUGGGGAAGACGCUGAAGUUGAGGCUUCCCCAGAACUCACUAAUACUGAUGCCCAAGGCGGGUCAGAUGAGAGUCCACAGGGCGCCACUACCAUCUCUGCCUAGUGUAAAGAAAGCAAUGGCGAUCCCACAGAAGAACCUUGAAGAAACGUGCAUGUAUUGAUAAAUGACCUCUCUGUUCUAGUUAAGGUUUUCCUGUUUCCAAAGCAAAAGUGUUUCCUGGCCAGCAAUUUUUUUCAAUUAAUUUUAUCCGGGAGCUAGAAACUAGGUUAAAGCGGUGUCUUUAUAGGCAUAGAUGUCCUGGUCGGCAGUGUAGACAAGCAAGGAUGUACAUGGCUAUGCAUGAAAAUUGUAGUGCAAGCAAGAGGUGAACUGUCAAACCAUUGACAUCUGUUUGUGUUUUGUUC